AUGUCGGACUGUUUCGACUCAUACGACGAUGAGCGCCUGAUCGACGACAUCACCCCGGUCCCCUCGACAUCCAACCCAAUCCCAGGCGAGAAAGAUCCGGAGGCGGUUGGCACAGCGUCCAGUCGCGGCGGGCGCGAGAUCGGAUCAGGCAUCGACGACCACGGGGCCGAUCUUCCGGCGCACCUGCAGCUGUACGGCAUCCGGCAGGCGCUGCCGGUGGCGGAGGGGGAACCGGACUGGGACUCGGGGCCCCCCGACAGCGCGGAAGAGUACCUGAGGAGGGUCAGGUGGGAAGCCUUGAGGUGCAAGCAGGUUGUGACAGCUGACAUUGACACCAGCAAAUUUGAAGACCGUCGCACAGGCUCGAUUCCCCUUACGCCCAACAUCCCCAGCACGCCAGAGCACCACCAGCCCACUGUGAGGUGGCUGAAGCGGUGUCUAAAGGAUUUCCAUAGUCUGAGGGCCACCCUUCACAGGAUGGAGGAAGAUGAGGAUGGUGAAAUUCCGUACGGAGUCCCCAUCAUGGUCUCAAGCAACAGUUCAUCCAAGGAUUGCAGGAGCAAUGCAAGAGACACAGUCCAGGAUCUGAAGUGCCUUCAAGAGGGCACCGAGCCUCUGUUAAGCAACAUGAGCGAGCUCGAUCAGGUGGCUGUGGAGCGGAUUCUGCAGACCCACAUACACGACCUGGUCCAGGCGAAGGGGCGAGAGGUCACAGAGCUCAGGGCCCUGUGGCUGUACGCCCUGCUCGCCAAAAUUCACACUCCGCUGCACCCUGAAGUGCUGGCUGCUGUGCGAGCACUGUUCCGUCACUGCGCAGAAAGGAGGGUCUGUGUUGCGGACGGCUCCCAAGAGGAGCGGGACAUGCUGCCGCGGCUGAACUUGCUGAUAGCGGUGUCAGGGUUGUAUUUUGGGCAGGAUGAGGAGAUGGCCGGAGUGGUCGAUGUGGAGAAUUUGUAG